AUGCCUGAAGAUGUUGUAACAACGACGAUUGCUAAUGCUGUAGCCACUACAGCUGUAGCUGAAGCAAUUUCUGAAGUGAUAGAUGCUUCUGUAACUACCACGAAGAAUACUUAUGCCGAUGCUAUUGCUGCUUAUUUUCCAAUUGUCGAUCAAUUUUAUAUACCUGACUGGUUCACAAUUCAAUUUAUUGCAAACAAUAUCAUAUCAUUCACACCAUUAUUUUCAUAUGGUACAACAGUUAUCAGUAUCCAGCGUUCACAGACAUCUCUUGGCUUCUCACUAGAUAUAUGUGCUACCAUGUUGAUUGCAAGUAUAUUAAGAGUCUGCUAUUAUUUAAUUACGCCAUAUGAUCUGUCUCUACUGAGACAGUCAUUGGUUAUGAUAUUUAUACAACUUAUUCUAUUAAACACUACAUUAAAAUUUAGACCAAUAGAAUACCAAUAUGAUAAUUUAUUAGCCGUUGAGUCGUUUCAAAAGCUAUUUCAUGACAUAUUUUUAGAAUAUUUUGCAACAGAUAAACCAUUACAAAAUUGGAAAACUAUAAUUAAUAAUUUAACAUUUACAAAAGUGACUGGUUUCUUAGGGAAAUGUGGUUUGGUGAUAGUCUACAAAACCUUAAAAUUUUUUGACCCCAGUUAUAAAAGAAUAUUGUCAUUUUGGCAAUGGAAUAAUGAUACAAUUUUUUGGAAGUUUAUUGCAUAUUUUGCUUGUCUUAAUUUCUUCUUUACACUAUUUGUCGUUAAAAUAAUGGAUUGGCCAACAAUAGCAGAAUGGGUUGGUUCCAUCUUUGGCUCAUUAGGUUUAUUGAUCGAGUCAUUACUACCGUUACCACAAAUUUCUAUUUUGCAUAAGCUAAAGUCGAUUCAAGGUUUUAAAUUAAUUUUGCUAGUUAGUUGGUUAUGUGGUGACACUUUGAAAAUUACAUAUUUAAUAUUUGGAGCAUCAAAUAUUUCGUAUAUGUUUGUUGUGUUUGCUUUAUUCCAGAUGUCCUUGGAUUUCUAUAUCGCUGGACAGUACAUUUAUUAUAGAUUUUACUAUGAAACUUUCAGACACGAUAAUGAAGCUUCCAUGGCUUUGAAUACUGGAGAUAUAGAAUUAAGGAAUUUUAAUGUGACCGUCGAUGGAAGUAGUAACAAUAAUUCUUAUUAG